GGUAUCAACGUGUAACUCGCUGGAGUUACGACAACUAGGUGUAAGUGAAGCGUCUCCUAUAUAAAUCGCAAUCGCCACUGAUAGAAACGUUAAUCGUGCGUCGCACAGCACGACAACCAUACCAUUAUCGGCCAACACCUCUAACUGCUAUCAAUCUGUUGUUAAUACGCCAGUGUUACCGUUGAAAGUGAGAGUUACGAUCGCUAAUUGUCAAAAUAGUUUAAUAUUUACUUAAAAAUAAAUAUUUUAAAUAACGUGUCGCCCUCUUGUGAAGCAUUUUUAACUUUAAAUGUGAAAUCUAAGUUUAAACUUUAUAAUACAACGGAAUUAACUCCAGGACACCAGGAGACAUCAUCACGACGGUCAACGGCCAAGAUCCGCGUCCACGACACCACUCGAACGCAGCGAAGACGACGAAGAAGAAGACAACGGCUACGGGAUGAGUACGUCAAUGACCAAUCCGGCUUAUGAGCCCGACGAGGGUGAAAAGAAGAAUUCUAGAGGUAUGAAGGACGCCGCGUUCGUGCUGAGCAUUAAGGAUGCCAAUGGCAAGGACAAUACCUCGGACAAGUACGAUCCGUAUCAGCAUCGGAAAGUUGAACAUCCUACAACGAACUCUGAGACGCUCUUCCAUUUGCUAAAAGGCAGUCUGGGAACUGGCAUUUUAGCUAUGCCCUUAGCGUUUUCUCAUUCUGGAUACAUCAUCGGUUUAAUUGGAACUGUUUUGAUUGGAUUAAUUUGCACAUAUUGCAUUCACUUGCUUAUCAGCGCUGAAUAUGAAUUGUGCAAACGUCGUCGGGAACCUAGUCUCACAUAUCCAGCUACAGCGGAAGCUGCGUUCUUGGAAGGACCAGCGAUAUUUCAAAAAUGUGCAUCGGCAUCAGUGCACAUGGUAAACGCUUUCUUGUUAUUGUACCAAAUGGGCACAUGCUGUGUAUACAUUGUGUUUAUUGCUACAAAUAUCAAAAAUGUAUGCGAUGAAUACUUUGAAGACAUCAAUCUGCGAUUGUAUAUGUUAAUGUUCCUGCUACCUUUGAUUUUAAUCAACUGGAUUAAAAACUUGAAACUACUCGCGCCCUUCUCAACAGCGGCGAAUUUUAUCACAUUCGUGAGUUUUGGUAUCAUUGUAUAUUACUUGAUUGAUGGUUCUCCGACGUUUGAAGAGCGUGAUGCAGUCGGUGACGUUGAAAAUUGGCCUUUGUUUUUGGGUACUGUACUUUUUGCUUUGGAAGCUAUCGGCGUCAUUAUGCCAUUGGAAAACGAAAUGAAAACUCCGAAGAAAUUCGGUGGUGGUUUUGGAGUAUUAAACAUCGGCAUGUCUUCCAUCGUAGCACUUUACAUGGGUAUGGGUUUCCUAGGAUAUUUAACGUAUGGCAACAAGGUUAAAGGUUCCAUAACAUUGGACUUGCCGCCAGGAGACGUUUUGGGUCAAGUUGUCCAGGUCAUGCUGGCCUUGUCGAUCUUCAUCACGUACGCACUUCAAUGUUACGUAGCCAUUGACAUCACAUGGAAUGAGUAUCUGAGUCACAGGUUUUUGAAAAACAGCAAAAAGUCCUUUAUCGAGUACGUUGUCCGCACAUUGAUUGUGUUGAUCACUUUCUCUUUGGCGGCCGCAUAUCCAAAACUAGAUCUCUUCAUCUCUUUGAUCGGUGCUUUGUGUUUGGCUGCUUUGGGCAUUGCCAUCCCAGCGUUAAUUGACAUGUGCACCUAUUGGAACUAUCUGGAUGGGAUGAAAUUCAAUAUUAUGGUAGUCAAAAAUGUCUUGCUCAUUUGUUUUGGUAUCUUUGGCCUUGUCAUCGGCACAUACACUAGUUUGAGUAAGAUCAUUGAUGAAUUCGUCAAUGGCGAAGAGUGACACUACGUUCUUAUCCUAUUUAUUUUUCACGUAAAUGUAUCUAGUUACUCGUUACGAUCAUUCAUAAGUACAAUAUGUAUAGUUGUAUAGUAGCGUAAUUUUCUAAUAAGUAGUGUCGUGAGUAUGAUAUUUUUAUACAUUGAACGAAAGUGUUUAUUGAAACAGAUUGAAAAGUGGCAUGAAUGCGCGUGUGUUUGCCAUGAAUAUUAUUCUAGUCCAAUGCUUAGUUCAAUACUUUAAAAUUCACCAAAAAAUAUUUCUAUGUUAAACACGGACAAACAAUUUGCUCAUCUAAACUGUUACCACUGUGAGUAGUAUAGAUACAAGACAAUUAGUUUUAUUAGAUGUUAGUGAUGUAAUGUUAUGUCCAAAAAAAUAAGUGAUUCCAUGAUUUUAGAGCAAAGUAUGUAAUUUUUAUAAAAAUUAAUAUAAUACGUUGUCAUUGUUAA